AUGGAUAAUAGUAACAUUCUCAGUUGGAAUUUAAGGGGUCUGAGUAGUUCUAAUAAGCAUAAAGUAGUUGUGGAUAUUUGUAGCAGGUUCAAAGUUGGUGUUGGAGGUUUUGUAGAGACUAAGAUGAAGGGUCUUAAAAUUUUGGAUUUUAUGGAGAAAAAAUUGCCUAACUGGGAUUUUUAUACUAGUUUGGUUACAGAGGGUAGAAUUUUGAUUGUGUGGAGGAAGGUUUUUGUCAAGCUUACAAUUAUUGAGGAUUCUCCUCAAUUUGUUCUCUGCUUGGUUUCGAUGGUUGGUCAGCAGCACAGGUUCUAUGUCACUUUUGUCUAUGGCUUCAAUGCUAUAGAAGGUAGAAGGAGUUUAUGGGAAGGGUUACUUAGACUUUCUCUUGUGCAUGAAGCUUGGAUUAUUUUAGGGGAUUUUAAUGCUCCUUUUUCUGGUAUGGAUAGAGCUGGAGGUAAUCCUAUUUCUGGUGUUGAAUUGGUGGAUUCAGUUCGUUGGCUUGAGGUGGCUCAUUUGGUUCCUUUAAAAAUUUUAGGUUCGUUUUUCACCUGGACUAAUAAUCAAAGUGGUUCAGCUCACAUUUAUUCCAAAAUUGAUCAUGUUUUCAUAAAUGAGACUUGGUUUGAUCAUUUUCCUCAUGCUACUGCUGUCUUUAAGUGGGAAGUUGUUUCCGAUCACUGCUCUUGUAUUAUCAAUUUUCAGUCUAAGGUGAGUUUGGGUACAAAGUUGUUCAGGUUUUAUAAUUUUUGGGCUGAUCAUCCUCAGUUCCUGGACAUCGUGCGGCUCAGCUGGAGUUUACCUGUUAAAGCUACUGGUUUACGGGCUCUGUUCUUAAAAUCCCUGAGGCUGAAACAUGCUUUAAAGAAGUUUAAUCAUAAUACUUUUGGAGAUAUUGGUUUGAGAUAUGAUUUGGCUAAAGAAAAUUACCAGGUUGCUCAGUUAAAAGCCCAAGCUUUCCCGUCUGAGUUUGGUUACCAGCAAAAUGUUAAGGAAGCUGCUGAAGCUUAUCUUGUCAGGAAAAAAUGUUCUAUAGUUUUUUGUCCCAAAGGAGUAAAGUUGACUGGUCAGCUGGUGGAUAAUUUUCCUGAGGUUGUCUCUCAUUUUGUUGGGCAUUUCAGAGGUUAUUUGGGGAGUCGGAGUUCAGCUACAGGCAGCAUUAAUAUGGACUGUAUAAACUUGGGUCCUAAGCUUUCAAUAGAGCAUCAAACUUCGCUGUUAAAACCCUUUUCUCCCAAGGAAAUUCGGAUGGCUCUUUUUAGUAUUCCUUCUAACAAAUCGCCAGGUCCGGAUGGUUAUGGCUCAGGAUUUUGCAAGGCUGCCUGGCAGAUUGUUGGUAAGGAGGUCUGUUUUGCUAUCAGUAACUGCUUUGAAACAGGGAGUUUUCCAUCAGACAUGCAUGAAACUUCGCUGUCCUUAAUCCCUAAGGUGGCCAAUCCUUCUUGA